AGGAAUUCCUGGACCCUGCUCAGAGGGCCUUGUACAGAGACGUGAUGUUGGAGACCUACAGGAACCUGCUGUCCGUGGGUCAGUACGUUAGGUGCAGGUGUGAAUGAUGCAGUUACAGGCACACAGACGCGCAGUCCCAGGCUGUGCUCCCACGUGUGCGUGUGCCCCGUGCUCCACUCAGACCCUCUCUCCGUCCUGACCCUUCCUCAUGUGGUACUUGGAUGUGGAUGGAAACACGGUUAUUUGCUGGCACAUAUCUGUCUCAAAUGCAUGUGAUCAAGAAAUUACAAGUAAAAGCCAACACUGAUAGAGGAGAAGUAUUCCAAAUAGUGAUGUUGGGAGGAUGUGAAAGGAAUGAAAUGAAACAUUUUUACCUCAGGGGCCUUCAGGAAAAUAUAUAUGACUUUAAGUCACAGCAUACAAAUGAGGCCAGGAAUUACAAUGGAAUGCCUACAACCCAUAAGGAAAAUCUCAUUGAUAGGAGAGAUCGACACAGUAGAAAUAUUGCAGGAAUCAAGCCUAUUGAUAAAGGGCUUGCCUUAAGCUUUUGGGAAAAACUGCAUAAUUUCAACAAUGAAGAGAAAAUUGAUGAGUUUAAUCAAGCUGACAAGAGUAUCAACAAUAGUGCCUCAUUUUCACCACCUCAAGGAAUUUCUCCUAGUGUCCAAACCAACAUUUCUCAUGUAUAUGGCAGUGAAUUUGUCCAUCCUUCAAUUCUGACACAAUACCCAAAAACACACAGGGAAAGACCUUACAAAUGUAAUCAAUGUGGCAAAACCUUUCUUAAGACAUCUUAUCUCAAGCGUCAUCAGUUAAUCCAUACAGGAGAGAAAUUACAUAAAUGUGAUGUAUGUGAAAAAUUCUUCACUCGAAAUUCCUACCUUGCAGUUCAUCAGAGAAUUCACACAGGAGAGAGACCUUACAAAUGUAAUGAGUGUGGCAAGUUCUUCAGUCGUAAAACAACCCUUGUAAUUCAUCAGAGAAUUCAUACUGGAGAGAAACCUUACAAAUGUAAUGAGUGUGGGAAAGUCUUUGCUCAUAAAACAACUCUUUCAAAUCAUCAGAGAAUUCAUACUGGAGAGAAACCUUACAAAUGUAACGAGUGUGGGAAAACCUUUUAUAAUUGCUCCUACCUCACAAAACAUCUGAGAAUCCACACAGGAGCAAAUGCAUAUAAAUGUGAUGUUUGUGGCAAGGUCUUUAGAGAUAAAACAACCCUUGCAAGUCAUCAGAGAAUUAAUGCUGGAGAGAGGCCUAAUAAAUGUAAUUGAGUGUGGCCAAACCUUUCUACAUACAUCACUUAACUGAAUUUCCUAUUUCUGCCCUAACAAAUUACCACUAUCUGAGUGGGUCCAACCAACAUAUAUUCCCUUGUAUUUGGAGGCCAGAAUUGUAUCCUGCUGGAUACUCCACCUCAGAAUUUACUUUCUUGCCUUUCCUGGGUUCUCAGGGCAAUUGUAAUCUUUGCCUUAUGGCCCCAUGUGCAUUUUCAUGACACUUUCAAUUGACUAAUGGUUUUUAAAAAAUAUCUGCUUAUCAUAUUGGUAUUUUCUAAGCACAUUGUUUAAAUUAGUGCAGCAUGUCACUCCAUCAUUGCACAUGUACACCUCCAUUGUUCGUAUUAUCAUCCUAUCUUUUAUAAUCAUCAAACUCUAGAAAGAAUCCAGAGCUCCAUCCAGUGAUGAACGGGAACACAGACUGUGAAAUGUUACUAUACAGGAAUGAAAGAGUUAUGCGGUACUGGUAACAGUUACAACAUGGAUGACCAUCGAAAGCGUUACGCCAAGUGCAAGAAGAGACAGAGAAUGCCACACGUUUUCUGACUUUAUUUACAUGAAAUGCCCAAAAUAGCCAUAUCUAUACAGGCAGAAAUUGGCUUAAUAUUUGCUUAUGGCUGGGGAUGGAGUGUGGAGUAACUGCUAAUGAAUACAAGGGUUUUUUGUUUUGUUUUAUUUUGUUUUGUUUUAAGGAGUAUUGAUAAUAUGGGGGUUAUAUUGUGGUUGGAAAAGUUGCAAACAUCCUAAAUCCCACUAUACUGUACACAUGAAAAGAGUGCAUUGUAUUCAAAGUAUGCAAUAAAAGACGCCUACGCUGUUCUCUCCA